UUUGACCUCCGCGCGGCGUCACGUGGACUGGCGGGGGCGGGGCGAGAAAGCUAGAUCAGUUUCUUCCGGGUCAGUGACAGGCGUCUGCUCCAGGAGGUAGCUUCUGGCUUCUUGAAUCUUCCUAGUCCCAGCGUUUGGUGAUUUUUGUGAUUUCGGCGAUGAGCUCCCAGAGAGGGAACGUGACCCGUUCCAGGCCUCAGAGACAUCAAAAUACGUUUAGCUUCAAAAAUGACAAGUUUGAUAAGACUGUUCAGACCAAGAAAAUUAAUACCAAACUUCAUGAUGGAGUAUGUCAGCGCUGUAAAGAAGUUCUUGAAUGGCGUGUAAAAUACAGCAAAUACAAACCAUUGUCAAAGCCUAAAAAAUGUGUUAAAUGUUUACAAAAGACAGUGAAAGAUUCUUAUCACAUAAUGUGUAGACCAUGUGCCUGUGAACUUGAAGUUUGCGCAAAAUGUGGAAAGAAAGAAGACAUUGUUACUCCGUUUAAUAAAGAACCAGAAAAGACAGAAAACAUUGAAAAUAAUCCGCAUUCCAAUUGUAGAAGAAGCUGCAGAAGAAAUAAAAAAGAAAGUGAUGAUUUAGAUUUUAAUAUUGAUUUAGAUGACUCAGAAGAAGAUGACAGUCAAAUAGAUUAAUAUAUUAAAAAUCAGUGUGAAAACAUGAAAUUUUGAACAAUUUUAGACUUUGAGGGUUUUACAGAAAAAUACUGUGAAAUCCUAAUAAAGAAUUUAGAAUGACCUAUAGAAAAUGAUAACAUUUAUACCUGGACAAUAUAAAUUGUGUAUAAUAUUUGAACAAUUAUAAAACUUAUGCAGAGUUUUCUUACAAUAAAUUUCCAAGUAGCGUAUGCUAAAAGAUCUGCCAAGUGAACAUUGGGGUAUCAUAAUGCAGUUCAUGGGAAUUAUGUAGAAGAAUAUCAAAGUAAUAAGAUUCAGAAUUGAUGGUUCUGUAAGAACUAUCUCAUAGAAAAAAUCAGAUGACAUUAUUGUUAGCCUCAAAAAUUGGUCCUCAGGUAUGUACCUUUUGAUAAAUUUAUC